GUUAAAGUUUCGAAGAGGCAGAAGUUCUCGUGUUUAUUAUAUUGUUUGUUACAGUCGAUUUAGAAGAAAAUGGCUCCUAUCCUGAAACCAUUUGCCGUAGUAUAUUAUAACCCGUAGCGGUGAAACCGUGUCGACAUUUCCGUCGGAGAUUCCGACCAAAUGGUUAAUUAUUAAAAAUUAUGACACCGAUGAUAUAAAGAAAGCGUGGUGGCCAUGAAGGCAUGUUAAAAAUGUUUCGGCGCUGAUGAAGCAUCGGGCUGACUUUAAUAAAAGUGAUUGCUAGCGCAGGGACGUGCGAUUCUGUGCUUUUUAUGAUACAUAUGAGUCAGCAAGGAGGCACGCUAAAGAUGUAGAAUAUACGUCUACUGAAGAGUUGGGAAGAGGAUUGAGGAAGAAGAAGAGGAAGAUGCUAUCUCUAUCUUCUGAUGAGCAAUCUAAUUAUGAAGAUCUUGCUGAUGGGUUUAAUUUUAAGUUUUUAAAAGAAAACUCAGGCAUACGAAUGCCAGCUACCUACAACCUGCUGAAGGAGGAAGCAGCUGCGUCAGCUGGGGAGGAAGGAGCCGCUCCAGCUGGGGAGGAAGGAGCCGCUCCAGCUGGGGAGGAAGGAGCCGCUCCAGCUGGGGAGGAAGGAGCCGCUUCAGCUGGGGAGGAAGGAGUCGCUUCAGCUUGGGAGAAAGGAGCCGCUUCAGCUGGGGAGGAAGUAGCCGAGACUACUUAGGGGGAGGUAGCCGUG